AUUAUACACUCCAGGUUGGGGUUUACAUUUUUGUAACUUCUAUUACAUCUUUAUCUAUACUAAUACAUUUAAUAACCACAACUAUAAAAAAUUUGGAAGUGCCGGUGAUGGAAGAUGUCACUCUUGUGGCAUCGAUUACAGGAAUAUACUACAUGACAUUUAUUUACGUGAAAAAUCAACCAAAAUUAGCAAAUCUUUUAAAAGCAAUGUCAAAUUUUCAAAGUUUUGGAAAACCAACUAAUUUUGAUCAAAAGGAAAAAAAAUUGAAUUUUCUAUCUAAAGUUGUUUUUAUUUAUCUCACAGUUGGCUUGACGCAGUACAUUGCACUGAAAUUUAAUCAAAGAGAAGAGUGUGAGGAAAGGAAUAAAAACCAAGGUCUUAGAGAAAAUUGUGGAUAUAUGGCACAAUUGUGGACUCCUUUUAGUACACAGAAUAUUGUUGUUUAUUAUUCGUUUCAUGUACACGUAUUUCUCUCCAUGCAGUUGUUAAUGAAACCCAACAUGUUACUAACGUAUCAUGCUUUCGAAAUUACAGAACAUUUGAUUUUAAGGAUUGAACAUUUAAAUCAGAUGUUGCAUGAAUGUUUUGACAACGUGGAUUAUAAUUUUUCUCGCUCUAGACUAUCUAAAUGUAUUUUGUAUCAAACAGAUAUACUGAAUUUGGCUAAAUCACUGGAUGAAUGCUUUUCGAAUGGAAUGUUGACUCAUAUCACUAUUACUGCAAUAAUUUGCGCUUGCAUAGGAAAACAGUUUACUGAAGGUGAUUAUCUAUGUGCUAUAAUACAUUUUUCCGGCUGGAUUUUUACUCUAGUGUUUGCCUGCUUUUCGGGGCAACAGUUAAUUAAUGCCAGUGAAUCUAUUCCUACAGCUAUAUGGUUUUCAAAAUGGUAUGAAGUGGAUAUUAAACUGCAACGUGAAGUUUUGUUUGUAUUGGCAAGAUCUCAAAAAAUUUUCUAUCUCACUGCUGGCCCUUUUAAUGUUCUUUGUUUUCCUCUAUUUGUUUCGGUGGUCAAAAUGUCGUAUUCAAUGCUUUGUUUAUUAACAAAAUAAAAUAGCCAGCUACAAUUCGUCAGUA